AUGGACGAAGAGCGACGCACCAACAUUGCAACCGCGCUGCACCAAUAUCGCGAAACGGUAUCGCAGCACAACUUCAACUUGCUUCGCAUCAUGAUGGAAUGCAUGGAAGAGGAGCCCCUCCCGCCCCAGGUGCCAGCCAGCGUCGCCGAAAAGCUACACGUCCACGAACUCGGUCGAUACCUUCGGUGCACCAUUCCCGAAUCCGUCAAGACGCCGCGCGAUGUCCUCAACGACCAUGUGCGCGCCGAGUUGACUGCUCGCUUGGACGGAGUACUGCACCGGCCAGUCAAGUGGGAACAGAGAGAGGAGUACUUCGCUGGCAUCCAGACACGCAUCGCAGAGAAGAACGUCGAGGUUACAGAAUUUCCUCCGGCCGAUUUAGAGUACCUAUGUACGCUUGUCAGCGGCGUCACUGGUCCGGGACUGGGGACCCACCACACGGUGCAGCAGUUUGCUUUUGUAUCUGCUAUUGGAGAUUAUUCUCUGGAGGAAAUGGUAGCAAGUGUCACGGUGCCCAUUCGAGGGGACGAAGGAGGAGGGUACACUGAAUGGACGGAUGUUUGGGCGGACUGGGAAAUUUCUAUCGCGUUCAAGAUUGGCGGUGGUGAACGCGGUUGGGGCGGCUCUUACGCCCUCUAUUGCCGCAAUGAGGGCAAUGAACAAUGGAAGUGGAGAUAUGGCGUUCAUGAUGAAGACUGGUGUAGCGAUGUCUAUGAUAGCGUUGAGGAAUUUCUUGGCUUCUACGCCCACUUCCGAGAAACGACGGAAGAACAGGUCAGGAAGAGCAUGAUAUCUUUGAAAGGAAUACUAGCACUACGUUGA